GAUUUUGCAACAUUAAGAUCUAUGAAUGGUGGUGGUGGUGGCUUGAUUUGUGCCUUCAAUUUUUCCAAUGGGGUAGUAAGCAAUACUUUUCCAAGAUCUUCUUGUUUUCUUCACCAACAUAUGAACCAUAAAAGGUUCAUCAUGAUGAAGUUGUGUAAUAAUGUUAUUCUAAGGCAUUAUUAUUAUUCCAAUAGUAGAAAAACACAAAUAAUAUUUUCAGCUCAUAGUUCCCUUAACAAUAAUUCCCAUUAUCCAAAUGAUGAUGAUGAUCAAGGAUCAUCGAUGGAGGGUGUUGUUUUUUGUGAUGCAAAUUCUUCUCCUUUGACUCCAAUAAGUUUUUUGGAGAGAGCAGCAAGGUUUUGUGGGGAAAGAACAUCACUUGUUUAUGGUUCUUUGGAGUAUAAAUGGAGUGACACAUAUCAAAGGUGUUUGAAACUUGCUUCUUCUCUCACUCAGCUAGGGAUCUCACCUGGUGAUGUAGUUGCAACAUUAUCACCUAAUGUUCCAGCAAUGUAUGAGCUGCAUUUUGCAGUCCCAAUGGCUGGAGCCAUUAUCUGCACCUUGAAUUCGCGCCUCGACGCACCCAUGGUUUCAGUCCUGCUGGAGCAUUCACAAGCUAAGAUCCUCUUUGUAGACUACCAACUGCUUGAAGUCGCGCGCAGCGCAUUGGACCUGCUAUGCAAAAGAACAUCAUCAAAAUUGCCAAUUCUAGUCCUAAUUGCUGAUUCUGAUUCUGAUUCAACAAUUGACACUUCUUCAAUCAGUUAUGAGUAUGAGAUGCUACUAGCAAAUGGUGAAAAAGGGUUUGAAAUAGUUAGGCCAAAGAGUGAAAUGGAUCCUAUAAGUAUUAAUUACACCUCUGGCACCACAUCAAGGCCUAAAGGAGUAGUUUAUAGCCACAGAGGCGCGUAUUUGAACUCGCUCGCGACAGUUCUACUCUUUCGAAUGGAUCUCUUCCCGGUGUAUCUAUGGACAGUUCCUAUGUUCCAUUGCAAUGGAUGGUGCCUUCCUUGGGGCGUGGCGGCACAAUUUGGAACCAAUAUUUGUCUUAGGAAGGUAAAGCCAAAGGACAUUUUUGAUAAUGUGACAAAUUACAAGGUUACACACUUGGGGGGAGCUCCUACAGUUCUUAACAUGAUUGUGAACUCUGCUUCAUUCGAUAGGAAGCCGAUCGAUCACAAGGUAUUGGCUAUGACAGGUGGCUCUCCUCCGCCGCCUCAGAUCAUCGCCAAGAUGGAAGAGCUCGGAUUCACAGUUUCUCACCUCUAUGGCCUCACAGAAACAUAUGGCCCAGGCACUUUUUGUGUCUGGAAGCCUGAAUGGGACUUACUUGCGCCGCAAGAAAGAUCAAGAAUGAAAGCAAGGCAAGGAAUCCCACAUGUUGGCUUGGAUGAAAUUGAUAUCAAGGAUCCGGAAACAAUGGAAAGUGUUCCAAAUGAUGGGAAAACAAUGGGGGAAGUUAUGUUUAGAGGGAACACAGUGAUGAGUGGAUACCUUAGAGAUUUGAAAGCUACAAAAGAAGUUUUCAAAGAUGGUUGGUUCCAUAGUGGUGAUCUUGGUGUGAAACACCAAGAUGGAUACAUAGAAAUCAAGGACAGGUUGAAGGACAUUAUAAUCUCCGGCGGGGAGAAUAUAAGCUCGGUCGAGGUGGAAACUGUUUUGUAUAACCAUCCGGCCGUGCUUGAAGCAGCAGUUGUUGCCCGGCCGGAUAAUCAUUGGGGACAAACUCCAUGCGCAUUCGUGGAGUUGAAAGAAGGGUAUGAUGAUAUGGAUUCUCAAGAAAUAAUCAACUUCUGUAGGGAUCAUUUGCCACAUUACAUGGCACCUAAAACAGUGAUUUUUCAAGAUAUACCAAAAACUUCAACAGGGAAGAUACAAAAGUAUGUUCUUAGAGAGAAAGCCAAGGCAUUAGGAAGCAUUUCUUGACCCACCCCAUUAGUUAUAAUUAAUUGUAAUUGAUUCACAUGAAAGGUGUUCUGCACAAAAUUCAAUUCAUAGUGUUAAUCACUGUUACUGAUGAUCAUAUGCUUAUUUUGAAUAAAAGAAAUUAAUUUAUACCUUUUAUAAGGAAUUCUUUAUAAGGUUUAGUUCUCUGCUAACACACUCCAUGCUCAUUCUUUCUUUUGGUGACUCC